UUGCCCUUUAUAAAGGAUGCUAAUUUUUGCUAUUUUCAGGUGGCUCUUAGGGGCUCGGGCCUUAGAAGAGCCCUUCCACCCGAAUUCCCGAAGCUGAUCCAUCGUCUGGUGACGUUGCUGCGCAAAUGGACAAUGACGAAGAGGCUCAUAAGGUCUACAACAGCUUGUUUGAGAGAAAUACCAAAGCAAUCGUAUGCGUACAGCAGCAGAAAGCUAUCCAGUUUUUUUUAUGUGGGUUCUUCGACUGGUCAAUGUUUUCAGGGCAUGCUAGAUUUUGACUAUGUCUGCCGUGAAUCAUCAGUUGUGGCAUCGACUUAUCCAUUUACUGGCGACAACAAGCAGAAAUUUUAUUUUGGACAGCGAGUACGAAUUUUGCUUGAAAAUUUUUUUAUACUUCGCUAUUUCUUUUGGCUCCAGGAAAUCCUCAUCCCUGCUUACAAAUCCAUGGCUAAGGCUUUUGUCACCCAUCUAGAAGCCAGAAUACGAGUCAUAGCUAUCAUUGCUAAAGGUGUGCCUGAAAAUCAGACUAGAAAACUGAUUAUGAUGGCUGGCGAGGGAGGGGUCACCUUGAUCGGUCCAGCUACAGUGGAAGGAAUAAAGCCAGGUUGCUUCAAAAUUGGCAACACUGGAGGAAUGAUGAAUAAUAUUUUGUCGUCGAAAGUGUAUCGUCCAGGAAGCGCUGCCUACGUCUCUAGAAGUGGUGGACUGUCGAAUGAACUGAACAAUAUCAUCGGCUCAAACUCCGACGGCAUCUUCGAGGGGAUUGCCAUUGGAGGUGAUCGCUAUCCAGGAUCCACUUAUACCGGGCACAUAUUGCGUUAUCAGAAUGACGGCAGAAUCACAAAGCCUCUCGUUGCUUGGUGCACUGGAACAUGCGCUGAUCAGAUCACCUCUGAGGUGCAGCUUGGUCUUGCUGGCGCUUCAGCUAAUGCUUAG